AAGUUCGCGUUUUCGACGUCGCGAGCUGACGUCAGAUUACCUUUGACACAGAUUUGUACCUGCCACGGAGGAGCGAGCAGCCAGAAGGCUCCAAGAUGAACAGAGCGUUCAACAAGACAAGCCUGAGACAGUUGACUAGUGUCCUCCAAAGGUUUCAAAGCACCUUGGUGGUUGCAGAGCACAACAAUGAAAAAUUAACCCCUAUUACACUCAAUGCCAUCACUGCUGCCAGUAAGCUGGGGGGUGAUGUGACUUGUCUGGUUGCUGGAACAAACUGUACACAGGUUGUAGAGCAAAUCAGUAAAGUACAAGGUGUGAAGAAGGUUCUGGUUGCUCAACAUGAUUCUUACAAAGGUGCCCUGCCAGAGGAGUUGACUCCGCUUAUCCUGGAAACUCAAAAGAAAUUCAAUUUCACCCACAUCUGUGCUGGUGCAUCUGCCUUUGGAAAGAACCUGCUUCCCAGAGUAGCUGCCAAGUUGGAUGUUGCUCCAGUUUCAGAUAUUAUUGAGAUCAAGUCUCCAGACACUUUUGUCAGAACAAUCUAUGCUGGAAAUGCUCUCAGCACAGUGAAAUGUAAUGAGUCGGUCAAAAUCUUCACGGUCAGAGGGACAUCAUUUGAGGCGGCUGAAACGGAGGGAGGAAGUGCUGCAUUAGAAGAGGUUGCUGCUCCUUCUCCCGCUGGAGUUUCUGAGUGGCUGGAACAGAGUCUGACAAAGAGCGACCGCCCAGAUCUGACCAGCGCUAAAGUUGUGGUGUCAGGAGGAAGAGGCUUGAAGAGUGGAGAGAACUUCAAGCUGCUUUAUGACCUUGCUGACAAGAUGAAUGCGGCCGUUGGUGCAUCCAGAGCAGCAGUGGAUGCUGGUUAUGUCCCCAAUGACAUGCAAGUUGGGCAGACGGGCAAGAUUGUAGCACCGGAGUUGUACAUAGCUGUCGGUAUCUCUGGAGCUAUUCAACACCUGGCUGGAAUGAAAGAUAGCAAGACUAUUGUUGCUAUCAACAAGGACCCAGAGGCUCCAAUCUUCCAGGUGGCUGACUACGGCUUGGUCGCUGAUCUUUUUAAGGCUGUUCCUGAGAUGACUAAAGCACUGGACAAAUGAGGAGACCCAAAGUCGUCAUACUUGGAACCUGCAGUAAGAAGAAUAGAGGGCGCGACCACAGGCUCACAUAGCCACUGCCUUAACCAAUCUCUGAAGCUGUAUGUGUUUACAUGCAGAAAUAAUAAUUGAUCAACAUCUCCUGACUGGAAAAGGAAGAUCUUCUCAAUAUAAAAAUAAAGGCAAAGGGUAUCUCUGGAAGGCCUGACUUGUCUCUGACCUCGUUGACUGUAAGAUGUAGCUCUUUAAUGCUAACUUAGAGGAUGUGUACUAGCUGAGAUGCUCUUGGACAAUAAUGUAUUAAAUUGACAACUAAUAACUAG